AUAGACUUGAAGAUUCCAAAACUGCAAAAAAAUGCAAUACCAUGCUUGUUUCCUGGACCAAAAUAUUUGUCUAAUCCACAGAAAAAAAGGAAAUCUCCCACAAAAAGAGUUUCUUUGGGUAGUAAUUGUAGGAAUUCUAAAAGCAUAAAACUAACCGAAGUUGAUUCUAAACUGUCUGAAACUGUUAUAAAUAAGGAUGUAUUGAAUCAAGAAACUUCUGUAUUUCUUAAAUCUUCUAUCAUUCCUACUAUAGAAUACUUUGAAAACAUGUGUAGGGAAAUUGAGUUGACUAAACUUCCAGAUAAUUGGAAAUAUGAAAUCAACAGAGGAAAAAAUACAAGUAUUACAUUUUAUACGGUACAAUGUAAUGAAAAUGAGGUUGGAGUUUUUAUUGAAAAACAGAUAUCUCUUGAAACGGAUAUGAUUGUUAAAUGUAAAUUAUAUGAUGUAUUUGUUGACAUUCAAGAUAUACGUCCAAAUUUAAAAGUGUUGACAUUUGAUGAACUGAUUUUAGUUUUAAAUGCUGUUAGCACUAAACAAGUUUGUAAAGGUGGACCUUUAGUUAGAGAAUUUGAUGGAAUAACAGUUGAAUGUGCAGAUAUAGUUCAAAAUCAUUGGCGACAUAAAAAAUGCACAUUUUUAAUUGAUAUUUCAUCUAUUAAAACUAAAUGUAUGUUUUGCGAUAGAUUAAGAAUUGCAUUUCGGAUGAAAAAAUCAAGAUUAUCUGCUGGUAAAUCUACUAGAUUAUUAUUAUCACCUUCAAAAAAACAUCAGUUGGAUACACUUCGUAAUAAAAAACACAAUGUACACAAACAAGUAUUAAGAGCAAGACAUAGAGUCAAACUUUUACAAAAUCAUUUAAAUGAAUUCAAGGAAAAACUAAAUAAAUUAUCAGAUACUUCAGUUGAAAAUAUUAUAAUUGAAAAUAAAUUGAAUGAUUCACAGUCAACAUUAAUAAGAGAAAUAGUUUCAGCCAGCAAAUAUAAAAACCCCAAAAACCGUCGCUAUUCUGAAAAUUGGAUGUUGCUAUGCUUAUUGUUCAACAUACGAUCACCUGGAGCCUAUCGUUUUCUCAGAGAACAGGAGCUGAUGCCUUUACCUUGUACCUCUACAAUCCGUAAACAUUUAUCAAUUGUAAAAACUGACUGCGGAUUUGAUCUUCGAUUCUUUGAUCUACUCAAGAAAAGAAUGUUUCGUAAACCUCAAAAUCAACGGCAUGGAGUUCUUUUAUUUGAUGAAAUUCAAUUAAGAAAAGGUCUGUAUGUAAACACUCGUGAUUUAUCCUACUCGGGUCUUGAGGAUAUGGGUGGUGAAGCUGACGUUUCAGAAAAAAAAGCUGACCAUGGAUUG